CGUAUUUAACAUCCAUCUAUUGUCCGCGUUAUACCGGCGUCGCAUCGUUUCUGCAUACAACGUUUCAUAAACCGCCAGUCAUGUGUCGCAACGACGGCAUUACUCGGUGCAUCGAGUAGCGGUGAACCUUCUCGCAGGAGUUCAGUUGAUCGUGUGCUCUCGAAUCGUUAGUACGCGAUCGAUUUUUUAAAAAGUUUUGUCGAUGGUGAAGUCGGUUUACAAAGUAGAAGUUUCAUUGUAAAUUGUUGGAAUUGUAGGGUUUCUUCAUUUUAAUACGCAUAAACUAUGAAAAAACUCAUUCGCUAAGAAGAUGAAAAAAGUUUUUAUCAAGCUUGUAGUUAUAGGCUUAAUAGUUCACAGUAUUUCCGGUGCUACUGGCUGUAUUCACGCUGGGCAGCAUUUGCAUUCGAAGCGCGAUGACGUAAACGACAGGGCUAAGCGAGGAUCGAUACUGAUUCCAGCUUACCAAGACAAUGAUUCCAGUGACGAAGCUCGAGAAAGGACUUCCGCAGAAGUCGAAGACUUCAUCCAGAAUAUGCUGGUGAAAACUAAGCGAAAUCUUCAAAAAGCUAAAGACAUAAUCGAUCCUAGAAACGUCACUCAGACUCCAGAAGCUUCCAACCAAGAUGACGCAGAAUCCUACAUCCGCAUGAAAGCUGUCACCGAUCCGAAAGAAUUCAUAAAGCAGCUGACCGAAGCUCGGAAAGCUCGAAAGGAAAAGAGAAACACCGACUCCGAUGAUCCGAUUGCUAUGGUAGUCGAUCGUAAGUUCAUCAAACCGCGAAAAGCGAGACAGAAAAAGUACAUGUGCUACUGCCAAGAGCAGUGCCAAGGGAGGCAGUGUCGAAACCAAGGCCACAAAGUCAACUGUCCUUGGAAGGACAAGAUGUAUCCGAACGUAAAGGAGUACGUCGACGACGAGUACGAAAAUUCUGCCGAAGAAACGGUUGGAGCUUACAGCAAUGGAUACACGAACAAAAUUGUAUCAGCUCCGAGCACAACGACCGAACCUACGAAGUUCACUAUUCCGUUCGCUAAUAACGUGAACUUCGAUCAAAGAGUGAUAGUUGGCGGCAAGGAUCCUCUGGCGAAGAAGCCUCAGAAAAUCGCGCCAUUUUACCAAAAUCCUCAUGUGAGAAUGCCACCUAGUCAACCACAUCUCGUGUACCCGUACAACACUUUCUUGAUGCCGCCUCCGGGAAUAAUCUUCCAUGGACCGCCGAUUCAGCCGAAUUAUCCACCUCCAAAUAGGCCAAAAGUCGCAUCAUCCAAAAUUGAUAUUCCAAGCCCCUUCGGAAGUAACUUUCCAAAUAUAAACGAAUGCAUCAAGCUGUAUGGUCGCACUGUUUGCGUUAUUUCUUCGUCGUCGAAGCCACCUAUUACCAAAGUCGAGACUAUUGAUCUGUCUGACGAUAAGACUUAUACGGAUGAGGAAGAGCCAACACAAAAACCGCCUGUUUAUCCAACGCAGUAUGUUUAUCAGACCAGCCAGGAAACGACUCCGAAAGUGAUGGUCAACGAGCCUCCAGCAGGACAUAGAUAUUACAUUGAUAAAAACUACUUUGAUGGUUCUGGCCCCAAGUUACCAUAUCCAAAUAAUCAAUACAAUUAUGAAAACGCUCAAUCUGCAAAUAUUCAAGUGGCUAAGUCAAACCAAGGUGGCGCUGCUUAUCUGCCAAGCUAUCCUGUCGUGAAAACUGCAGCAAAUGCAAAUUACGAUUCAGAUUUGCAUAAUCAGCAACCAAUUCAGCAAUCGCAAGGUAAUGGUCAAGAUGUAACGAAAUAUUCCGUACAAACUCGCAGAACAACUACUCCGAAACUUAUCAUAAAAAAAGGAAACAUUCCUCAUACCGCACCAAGCAGCGAUUAUGUACCGAAGUAUUCUUCGAAAGAAAUCGAAACUAAUCCAAAUGAGUACGUACCCAAAUAUUCGUCAAAAGAGUCUCUAGGAAAUUCCAAUACGAUUUACAACUAUCCGAAUAGCUUUAACGGUGUACCACAAAAUACUCCACCGCCAGAAGUCACAACCCCUGUUUAUAGUAACGUCCAACAACCAAAAUAUUACGAAACUGCAAACUCAGCAGCUGCUGCACCGCAGCCUACGACUGGCAAUAACGCUGGAGGUCAAUAUCCGCACAAUCUUUAUACAACAGAUAUGCAUACGAAGAUAAAUACUGAUCCUAGUCUGGAUAGUCUCAAGCCAGUGACUAGCGAACCGCCGGUUCAAAAUUAUUAUGCAAAAACUGUUGCUGAUCAGAAACCAACUUAUACAUAUUCAUCGGGUUACGAAAACGCACCUGCAAACGCUGCUUCGCCAACUGCUGUGAGCCAAGAACACAAGAAAUAUAACAACAAUUAUCAAGGUUCACUCACUGGUGCAAGUCAACAAUAUAAUACAGGUAAUCCGAAUGUAAACAAUAAUAAUCAAUAUGAAGCAGUACUUUCAAAUCAUCCAUCUAAUGCUGAUGAAAAUAAUCAUAUGACAUUCAACAUCGAUAAAUCGACGUACAACGAAACUCCUCAAAGAAAAUUGCCUAAUUUGCCAAAUAGUCAAAACAAACAUCUAAAAUUUCUAGUAGAUAAAUCAGCAUACAAUCUUCAACAAAAUAGCUCACCACAAAGCAACCACAACUAUGAACCAGUAGUUUCUUCACAAACGGUAAUUACUCAAGCGCCAUCGCUGAUCCGAAAUGCAGAUCAAAGUAUAGUUAUCCAACCACCAGAACUCUACAAAAUAGAAAAUUUGAGCAGCACGACAGACAUUUUAGGAAACCCAAUUUCAGCAACUAACGUUGUCGUACCAGUAAAAGAUGGAAAUCAUCCAGAGGACAUUCAGCAACCCGUUACCACAUUGGAAGACGUUGAAACCGACGAGUAUAAGAGUCACUUCAAAGAGGAAAAGACGGCAACUCUCAGAGAAGCCAACGACUUGAUUCAAAGCCAAACUGAAGCAACAAAAUUAAAUCGUGAAAAUGUAGCUGCGAAACAUAGUGGAUUUAGAAAAAAUAUAGGUAAACCCAUUACUAUCAAAACUCUGCCAACUAACAAAGAAAGUUUUGUGAAGCCGGGUGAGGAUAACACGGAAGAACUGUUUAGAGGACUCGAAAAAAUCAUUUUAGAAAACAAUUACGCGGAUCUAUUAUCACAGGAGAGUGACUCACAGAAACCGAUCUAUGGUCAAGCGGGAGGCUCAGCAACUGAAAAAGGUAAACAAUCGAAAAAUUAUGCGACCUCGCAGCCGACAAAACCGGAAAGUACGCAGAGUUCGAUUCAAUCGGUGGAUGAUAGGCCAGUGGUGACUUACGAAAAUUCUUCAGAAGGAAGUUAUCCGGCAGUAACCGCCAGAAAUGUCGAACUUGUGCAAAGCGCUGUUAAGAAAGUAAUAAAUAAUUUAGUACCUGGAAAAGCUCAGGAUCUACUCGCGAAUUAUGAAGAGGGAAGUUCGUCCAAUCUCGUCGGAGCAAACGCACAAGAAUUGCUUCCCGAGAUUCUGGAAGUACCGAUCUUGAAAAAUCUUUUCUCUCUCCCGGAAAUCGAGAACAUGAUCACCGACACGACUGGCAACCUUCUUACUCGAGUGACAGGUUUACCGAUUAUUGGCAACAUACCACAUCUAAUCAGGAAUACACUCCACAGCGUAAUCGGUCAGAUUCCACGACCUCAUCCGACGGUUGCUCCAGAUACGAUAUACGAAAAUCCGACGAUCGAAGAGCACAAGUUUGAAAACGGACAGUGGGUCACUGAAAGAGUUCCACUCUACGAAACUGAUCCGAACGUAGGGGCUUCUAAAGAAAUUUUCGAGAAAAUCGAGAGCAUCCUAAGUAGGUCGCAGCUCGAAGACAAGGUCGCCACACACCCGAUCGUCCAGAAUCUGAUCGUUAAGGCUGUGAAACACGCUUUAGACAAAGAACGAGGGAUCGUUCAUGAGUCUACCAUUCGACGUGCUUUCGAUAGUCUAAUCAAAGCCAAAGCUCAGAAUCAGGCAAAGCUUAUACCAGUAACGAUAAGAAUCCCUACAGAGCGAAAACCUUUGGUCGUACAACCAACGGCUACGACGCCUAUGGAUGACGAUGACUACAAGUUAGCUCCGAUCGUUCCGGUGACGGAACACGUAUUUCGAGGUGGUUCAUGGUCAGAAUCUCAGAAGACUCUAACGGGGAAACAGCAAAAGGAUAGCGACGUUUUCAGCGAAGAAAAGAGAAAACUUUUGCAGGAAAAGCUCGAUCAGCAGCAAAAGAGCGUAAAUGUGUCAAAAUCGAAGAGUGAAUCCGUGAGUUACAGCAGUGAAGAAAGAAGUUCGUCCGGUUUCAACGAAGAAAAAAGGAGACUUCUGCAAGAAAAGCUGGAUAAACAACAAGUAAGCAAAACACAUUCAAAGAAUGAGUCCGUUGCUUACGAAACUGAGCAGCUGCAAAAAUUUGAUGCCGCCAACGUCAAGGAAAAGUCUGAUAGAUCAAAAAUUUUAGGAGCCAAGUCUUCGAUCACCACCGAAGAGUUAGACAAUGAAACAAGCGAAAAUAUGGAACUUCCGGCUGAUAACGAAGACCAGUCCAUAGAGAGGAAACCCAUAAAGUACUACUCGCCCAACGACAGAAUUUUGGAGUACAUAAAAAAUCAUCCAAGUACCGACAAUCCAUACUUGACUACCACAGCCGAGAUAAUCGGAUACACGAACGAAGAUAACAUCGAAACGACUACCCGUCAGAUGAACUUCAGGAGUCCAGAUAUCGUCACGAGUCCUUACACACCAGACCUGUACGAAAAUUCGGGAAAUACGCUCUACGUCGAACCUUCUCUCGCUCCGCCCAAGCAGCAAUCAGGCGUAUCAAAUGUUGAAGAUCAUCAGCAACCUUCGCUCGGAAAUCCACUUAACCAGCAAAUCAACGACGACCAGGUGAAGCUACUGGUCGAACCCACAGAUGCGCCUGUUCGAUCUAAGCAAGGAACUGAAGCAACCAGACAAACACAUCUCGAUUCAAGAGAUUCCAACUACAUGGGCAAACUCGUGCCUCUGCCCUACAGUAAAACAUCGCAAACUGGAGACCUGGCCCAACUACAGGACUCGAACCUCAUGUACGUAGGUGAUGGAGUUCGACUACCUCUGACAAUCAGAAAAUCUCCAGACGGCAGCUUCGUACUCACCUUGUCGGACGAGGUGUGCAAGAGGUUCGAGCACAAGCAGUGUCCCUGCUGUCUGCCAAGUGGCAACAAUGGAGUCAUCGUUAGGGAGAGACGGAGCAGAGAAGAAACAUCCGAGAUGGACUUGACUGGUGAAGAGACGUCAGCGACGAGUGAGGAGUCCAGUUCGAAUCUCAGCCGAGUUCGAAGAGGGUCAGAGGAAUUCAGAACACAAGCACCCAUGUAUCCCGAAGAAUCGCCAGAAUACAUCACCAGAGAAGAAGAAAAAGAAGCUAAGGUGAACCAGUUCGUCACUGCGAUGGCCAAUAUGCACCAAGUACCCGAGGAAAGUAGGCCAACUGCUCUCUUAGGUGCACUGGAUGAGCUUGUAAGCCCCCAACCGAGCACAAUCGAUUUCGUGACCCAGUCGACGAAUACCCACCAGACGUAUCCCCCGGAGACUACAAGAAACCAGUACGAGAUGAACGACAGAAGCAAGAAGGACACGACCAGAGCAACGACGCUCUGGGACACCUACUACUACGACGAGUACCAAAGCCCAACUACCGAACCCAAUCCCGGAGUUUUCGGUUCGCUCAUCGACGGUCUGAAACGAGCAACCGCCAAGUACAGAACUGGCCCACCAUAUAGGUACCAGAGAUACGCCGAAGAUAACUUCAAGACCAACGCGAUCAAGAGAGUUCUUCACUUGCUGCAUAGCCUUGCGGUGAACUUGCAGCAGAACAAAAGUUGA